CGUCGCGUUCCCUUUCGCUACAUAUACCCCUCCCCCGCCGGCCGCUCCGAUCUCACUUUCCCCUCCGCUGAUCCGCUCCGUUCUGCCCUCCCGUGUCGCAGCUAGAAGCUCCCGAAUUCUCGUCGACCGCAACCGCCUCCGCCAUGGGUGGCUCCCACAGCCGCGAGGACCUCGACCUCACGUCCUCCGACGAGGAGCAGGAGGAGGAUUACGACGCCCAGAACUCCCCCUCCGCGGGCCGGCGCGAGGACAUCCUCCGGACCUCGACCCCCUCCUCCCUCGAGUUCCUCGACGCGAAGCUGAAGGCCCUCGAUCUCAAGUACCAGGCGCCCAACGCAGCCAAGCUGUACCUCCACGUCGGCGGCGCCUCCGCCUCCGCGCGCUGGGUUCCGGCCGAGCGGCGGGCGACCUACUCGUUCGUCGACAAGGGCGGCGAUCGCGGUGAUGGUGGCUCCUCGAGGUGGGUUCUGGAGGUUGGUCCGGGUCCCCGGGUCUCUGCCCCCGUCGGGCCGGCGCUCCAGCUGAAGGCGCUCCCCGGGCAGCGGCGGGCCGAUUUCGCCGCGGGUGGCUCCGUCUGGGCGCUGCGGCUGCCGACCGACGCUGCCUUCCGCCGAUUCCGGCAGGAAUACGACCGGUGCUUGUUCGAGAACACUUAUGGGGUCGAGGCCACGGAUGAGGGCAGGAAGGAGGUGUUCGGCGCCGACUUCGCCGCGUGGGCGCGUCCCGGUGAUGCCGAUGACGCCGUCUGGGCCGACGCAGAGGACACCUUCAGCCCUCCCGUCGCAGCCCCGGCGAGGGACCUACUUGAGGAAUUCGAGGAGGAGGCUGGGGACGAUAGUAUCCAGAGCCUCGCUCUUGGCGCUCUUGACAACAGCUUCCUAGUGGGUGGCUCCGGGAUACAGGUGGUCAAGAAUUUCCGGCACGGGGUGCACGGCAAGGGCGUCUCUGUGAGGAUCUCCGGUGGCCGCGGUGGCAGUGAGAGCGCCUACACGACGCCACAGAAGGCUCUGCUUAUGCGAGGCGAAACUAACAUGCUUCUGAUGAGCCCUGGAGAGGCCGGCGCACUGCAUUCUAAUGGAGUCCAUCAUGUUGAUAUUGAGACUGGGAAGGUUGUCGCUCAGUGGAGGUUCGAGAAGGAUGGAACUGACAUCUCAAUGCGAGACAUUGCCAAUGACAGUAAGGGCGCGCAGCUGGAACCCUCUGGAUCAACCUUCUUGGGGCUGGAUGACAACCGGCUAUGCAGAUGGGAUAUGCGGGAUGCCAGGGGGAGGGUGCAAACAAUUGGCAGCUCCUCUGAGUCACCUGUUCUGCAGUGGUCUAAGGGACACCAGUUCUCACGUGGCACUAACUUCCAGUGCUUUGCAAGUACAGGAGAUGGUUCGAUCGUUGUUGGGUCUGUGGAUGGGAAGAUUAGACUCUAUUCUAAGAGUUCAAUGCGAAUGGCAAAAACAGCGUUUCCCGGGCUUGGAUCACCGAUUACCCAUGUAGAUGUCACGUAUGAUGGGAAGUGGAUUUUGGGGACUACUGAUACAUAUUUGAUCUUGAUCUGCACCAUCUUUAAGGACAAGGAUGGGAAGGAGAAGACAGGGUUCAGUGGGCGUAUGGGUAAUAGGAUUGCAGCACCAAGAUUAUUGAAGCUCUCACCGCUGGAUUCUAUUUUGGCUGGGGCUGAAAACAAAUUCCAUGGCGGGCAGUUCUCUUGGGUAACGGAGAAUGGAAAGCAGGAAAAACAUCUUGUUGCGACAGUCGGCAAAUUUAGUGUCAUAUGGAACUUUCAGCAGGUCAAGGACAGCAACCAUGAGUGCUAUCGCGAUCAGGAAGGCCUGAAGAGUUGCUACUGCUACAAGGUUGUCCUGAAGGACGAAUCCAUUGUUGACAGCCGCUUCAUGCACGAGAAUUUUUCAACAACCGACUCCCCUGAGGCUCCUCUGGUGGUGGCAACACCAAUGAAAGUCAGCUCCUUCAGUAUAGCGAAUAGACGAUUACACUGAUGGUCUUCUUUUGAUUUGUGUAUCAUGGUGUGAGAAUCUACAGGUUUUUGUGCAGCUCACUGUUCCUUUCGGUUGAUUUGUUAGUUGGUUUUGGUUUAGUGUAUGGACAUGUUAGGUAAUACUAGUCUUCUUGGUGAAGAUUGGUCAGUUGCUGGUUGUUAAUAGGUUUUGGUGUAGUUCUUGUUGUGCAUGUUAACAGUACAGUUCGUGGGAAGAUCUUCUCUCUUCUGAAAGUUGUAACUAAUUAUUUUCUGUUCAAAAUCAGAAUAUAUGAAUCUCUAAAAGCAAGGUGUGCCUAUUCUGCUCAAUAUAUUGUAUAUAUCUGAAUGCCUCUUCUU